GAAUAUUAAUUAAUAGUUCUUUCCUUAAUACCAUCUCUAUAUUAAUGUUGGGGAGUGUUGCUAAGAUGACAAUUAGUUAACAUCUCGACAUUAGUUAGAAUGGUAUUUUCUUCCUCUGUAUUAAUAUUGGGGAGUGUUGCUAAGAUGACAAUUAGUUAACAUCUUGAUAUUAAUUAUAGUAGAAUUCAUCUUCUUUAAUAAUAUUCUUCCUUGAAUAUUAAUUAAUUCCUACUCUUAUUUCAUAUUAAUAUUUUGAACAUUACUUAAAGGAUCAACUAGUUUUGUUUCAUAUAUUAAUUAUUACUAGAAACGAUCAACGAACCGAUGGUUAAUCGUUGAUGGUUUCUCAAGUAAGUAACUUCGGUUUAUUAAUGCACGGUCGUGGUUAAUAAACUUAAGAGGGAUUAAUUUUGUUGGUUAAACCGAAACCGCUUGUGUUGAGGUUAUCAAUCUCAAUUGAUUUCAUCAAGGAGUUAGAAAGAUUAAAUGCUACUAUUAAAUCGGUAUACGGUGUUGUUCUAUAUUUGAUUAAUAGUAAGAGUUAUUAAUGAACGGUCGUUGUUAAUAACUACCCUCGAUGAAGUGGAUAUACUCCCCGAUUGAGUAUUCGAGAGGGAAUAAGUUAUAGAUAUAACAAUGAUCGACUAAAAUAUAUCAACAAGUGGAAAGUAGCAAUGCCAAGUCCUUUUUAUCUUUGAAUUAAACACAUAUAGGUUGUUCAUCUUAGUUCUUAAUUAAAUUAAAUCACUCAAUCCAAAUCCCCCUUUUUAUUUACUAAGUAUCAUAAAAAGAGAAUUAUUCCUUUCCCUGUGGAUACGAACUCUACUACGCUAUACUACGUAUAAGUGUUAGUAUUGAAAAUUAUUUUGACGCACCGUGACAAAGUGCUCGUCAAAUUUGGCGCCGUUGCCGGGGAAAGGCAAUUACUUUUCUUUUUAUUUUUUCUCAUAAAAAUCAAAAACAAAAAAAAAUAUAAAAGAAAAAAAAAUCUUACUUUUCUAUUUUCUGAGCUUGCAUGAGUAAAUGGAUACCAACACAUCAUCCCUAGAGAGUCAAAUUUCUGACUUGACUUCUCUAAUAAAGGAGUUUAUCUCAUGUUCAAAAUCUCAAGAUGUCCAUACAUGCAACAUUUGCAUGUCACAAAGGCAUCUUACGGAUUUUUGCCCAGAGCUUCAAGAAGAAUUCUUUGAACAAAGGAAUGAUGUUGGUUUUCAAGAGAGGUAUGGUUCAUUCUCCAACACAUACAGCCCAUACUCAUGUUCUUAUUCCAGCAUGUCCACUGAAGACAUGAUCCGAGCUCUCACUAUCAAUGUGACAAAUAUGCAACAAAAUAUGUCACAAUGCUCGCAAGAAGCAGUAUCCAACGAACAGAACUUGGACAAUCAGUUGAAACAAAUGUCAAGCAUUGUGUACCACAUGGGCGAGGAGGAGGAAGAAGAGGAGCUUACGGAAAAAGCUCAACCGGAGGAGGAACCUGAAAACUCAACUCAACCACCGGCCAUUCCUAAGAUCAUGCCACCAUUUCCUGAGGCUCUAAGGGAAACACAAAGGGUGGAGAAGGACAAAGAUAUCUAUGCAAUCUUCAGCAAUUGUGAGUAUAAUUUAGACUUCUCUUUGGUCACAAAUAAGCAAGGAAUAACGGUGGGAUUACACAAAUAUUUCAUACUCCCUCUUAUACCACCCGGAUCAAAACCCCUUCCAUUGACCAUGCUUAAUGAAAAUCAUGGACCAACACUCUCACAAUAUGAAGCGAUAGAAAUCUGGAUAUUUGAUCCCGGAAAGGUCAAAAUAAAGGGUCGAAAAACUGAGUCUUUCUAUAAGAGUCACCCGGGUGAAAAUUUGAAGAAGAUGAGUUAUCACGAUCCAAGCUUGAACGAUUGAACACAACCAUGGUGUCGUGCCACGACGUUAACUAAGGCGCUUCUUGGGAGGCAACCCAAGCAAGGUACGUUUACUUGUUUUAUUUUAUUUUUACACUUUUCAAAAAAAAUGACCUGGGAUUGAACCUGGCCGGGUAUAAAACCCCACCCGGUCGGGUUACCUCUAAAAACAAAACACCCGGCCAACCACCCGGGCGAGGCAAGAGUGGAACAAUGAUAAACCAAACACCCGACCGGGUAGACCCCUAUACCCGGCCGGGCAACCCAACAAAAAACAUUCUGCCUCGAGUGAACAGUUUACGCCCGACCGGGUACACAACCCCACCCGGCCGGGUAUCUCGAUUUUUUGGAAACCAGGCCAUUUCUCAAAAAAAAAAAUUAAAUCACCCCCUUUGUCUUCCCUUUCGAACCACACCCCAAAUUUCCUCCAUUUCCAAAAGUCAAAAGCUUCAUAUCUCCUACAUCCAUCCACCAAUUAAACCCAUUUCAUUCAUCACCUCUUCACCCUUUUCAUCUCCACACCCACGAAUCACCAACAAAACCUCCCAAAAAGUAACCAAAAAAAAUUCAUCUGAGACACAAGCACUAGGGACAGUGCUUUGAUUAGCUUGGAGGGAGAGUUUUAUGGAAUACUCACAUU